AUGAGACAGGUUCACACCUUCAGUGCCAUGGUUCUCCUUGUUACCUUACUUCUAAUCUUCGUCUACUCUAACCUCCACCUAGAGACCAGUUACAGUCUCAGGGCUGGACCAGAGGAGGGUCUAAAGCAUCCCAGUGAUGUGAAAACACAAUCCCCCAAACAGGAGACACACCUCACCACACCUCGCCCUGGUGUUCACCACGUGUCUGUGUCUGACAGCUUCAGAAAGACCAUCCCUCAGAAUGUAGCGUAUUGGAACCGCCUGCUGUAUUCGGCCCUCAGGAGUCUGGACAAAGGAGAAAAGCCUUUCAGAAAUGCCACCGACUGGUCUCGCUGCAGGGAGGCAAAUCAGGAGCUUCUGCAAACCAAUGUGCAUGACUUCAAAUCAUACCCGGCCUUAUUCCAGGACUUUGUGCAGGGCAUGAACUGCAGGUCUCCUCCAGUCCUGGUCAACCAACCCAACAAGUGCAACUCAGCUGAAGGGAAGAGAGACAAUCAGACAUUCCUGCUCUUUGCUAUCAAGUCAUCUCCUGGAAACUUUGAGCGGAGACAGGCGGUGCGGGAGACCUGGGGCCGAGAGAGGAUGUAUAAGAGUGGGUUGAGAGUGCGCACUGUGUUUCUGCUGGGAAGCUCCUCAGUGGAUGAGCCGGACCUCAGCCCACUGCUCUCAUUCGAAGCAAGACGCUUUGGGGACCUCCUGCAGUGGGACUUCCAUGAAUCCCUUUUGAACCUGACACUCAAAAUGCACAUGCUCCUCCAGUGGACGCUGAAAUACUGUCCUCACGCCUCCUUCGUCUUCAGCGGAGAUGAUGAUGUUUUUGUGAACACACCAGCGUUACUCAGCUACCUGCAGUCUCUAGAGCCUUCAAAGGCCUCUCAGGUGUAUGUUGGACAUGUCAUAAGCACAGCAGUUCCCCUCAGGGACCCCAAAAGCAAGUACUUCAUCCCCUUGAGCUUCUAUGACGGGCCGUACCCUGCUUACGCUGGCGGGGGUGGUUUUCUCAUCUCAGGAGCGUUGCUGCAACCCCUACAUCUAGUUUCACGUGUCAUUCCUUUCUUCCCCAUCGAUGAUGUCUACGCUGGGAUGUGCUUUAAGGCUGCCGGGGUUUCUGCGGAGGCACAUUCAGGCUUUCAGACCUUUGAUGUCAAGGAGCAGGAUCGAGAGAACCUGUGUGUGUAUAAAGAUCUUAUCUUGAUUCACCAACGGACUCCAAAGCAGAUAAAGAAACUGUGGAAUGGCAUUCACAGCCCUUUGUUGACUUGUUGAGCUGGAGUGUUGAUCAAAAGAUGCAGCGAUUAAAAAAACAACAAAGAGUAACAACCGUGACUGCAUUUCACACUGAAGCCAUCACUUAUCUGCUUGAUAUCACUUUGUGACAAGAUGAUUCAGCAGAAGCAUGGACAAAAUGCAGAGUAGUUCCGUUACUGCACUUUUUUUUUUCUAUGGAGAUAUUAGAGAUGAAUAGGGUAAACAUCUGUACUUACAUCAGGGAUGGGCAACUGGAGGCCUGGGGGCCGCAUACGGUCCGCACCCUUUCUUGAAGUGGCCCUCAGUACAAUUACAUGCAUUUGAGCAUGAAAUCAUAAAAGUGCAGUGUAAAAUUGCACAAAAUUACUUUUUGCAAUUAAUGUUGGUCUGCUGUUCUUGCACUGAAAAAAAAAGAAACCACAGUAAGUGGUUAUUUUUUAUUUGCUUCAAACCUUUUGUAUUCCUAUUUAUACUGUUAUGCAUGCAUUUGAGCAUGACAUAUGUUAAGUUACUGCACUGUAAACAUAUUUAAAAUAGCAGUUUCAUCAUAUCUGGUUAAGUGCACGGUACUAUAUGUGGCCCUGUGGUAGUGUACAUGAAAAAUUGUGGCCCCCUGCAGCAUUUAAGUUGCCCAUCCCUGACUUACGUUAAGAUUAUCAUUUCUUCGAUUACAGGUUUUCUGAAAAUGUAUGUUUGCAUGUUCUAAAUAGGAACAAUCUGAACACAAAAACAUUUUGGAUGUCUUUUUUUUAUCACUCAUAAAUCUGAAAAUAUUGUCAACAGCAUUAAAAAAUACAUUUCUGCCAUGUUUCUUUUUAGGAUAAUACUGUUCUAGAAAUCAGGCUAUUAAUAAUAUAUAAACAAACUCCCUCUGUAAAGCCUUAUAGUAUGGAUAGGAAUGAAACAGGAACGUUUGGUAUGUGCUGCUAAAGUUCAGAUUUGUCUCAGAAUAUCAAUAAAAAUGAAAAGGUUUUAAUAAUUCAUACAUUUUAAGACCCUACAGCGGAGAUGUGGUAAAAAAAAGAAAACAUAUAUAACCAAAA